ACACAAACUGGGUGGUGGGAUGUGAACGUUUUCCCCUGCAGAGCAGCUGUCUGAGGCUCUCAGACAGCUCCCGCUGUGUGUUCUGCCUUCUGGGACUUCACAGAGGAGGGGCUGACCUCAGAUGGUCCUCUUUACCUCUCUGAACCUGCCCUCCUCACACCUAACUCUGCUGAAUCCCAGGCAAGCCAUCUUUGCCCCCUCCCUGGACGCACCAAGUUCUGCUCCCACAGGUGAUGUGAGCAUGGAACAGCUGUGGCUAUGAAGGACAGAGUUGAGGAGGGCACUCUGGCCAGGGGACAGGCUGGAGGAGAGAAGUGUGGGUUUGAUGUAGGGAGAGGGUUGCAGAUCAGUUGUGUGGACUACAUGUGUGUUUUCCUAAACUUGGCGCUGGGCGGUUCUUCAAAGUCAGGCACCUGCUCAUGAGCCCUGCAGCUGCCAACCUCCUGCUGCCCAGUGGCCGUCCUGUCCUGGGUGCACUGCAACCAAGGCAGAAUUUGAUGGGCUGUACAGAGCUGUGGAGAGGAGUCACAGGCUGAGGUAUCUUGAGGUGGGAGAGAAGCCAGACUCUGCUAUCUCUGAGCCACCCCCUUAUCCCUUAGGAGGUUUGUUGGCCUCUCAGAGUAGGGGAGGGGGAUGAGUGCUGAGCUUCGUGGGAGUGGCCCGUAGCCCAGCUAUCAUGGGGACCCCAGCAUCCUUCACUCAACUCUUCCUUGCGCCUUUUUUGAGCGGCAUCACACAAAUUCAGGCCCCCAAGGGGAACAGGCCCCACGUGGCUGCACCCUGUUAGACAGUUCGGACAUCCUGGUUUGGACAGGCCAGCUCCCAUCCUCCUUAUUAAUCUCCUUCCUCUUCUUAUCUGUCAUUUCUCUUUUUAUUACUAUUUAGCUCAGCCUUUGACUUCGUCUCAGUCUAUGCUUCCUUGGAUUCUUUUCAGCCCUUUGCUCUCUGACGCCACCCCUUUCCUUUCCUCUCCUUUUCUCUUCCACCAUUUCCUUCUUUCUGAUUUCCAUUCUCCCAGCUAGGUUUCCCUCUGUCUGAUUCUAACAGGCUUUACUUUCUCCUCCUCUUUCUGCCAUCCUAUCCCCUGAUUCCUUCUCCCUUAGCCUCUUCCUGUAGCGAUGGGCUAGAAUGUAGAUGCUGUCUCUUGGCUGGAGGAUGGAGUGGGGCAGAAGUCAGGGGUUCGGAUGACACGUAUGAGAGUCAGCAGAGGAGCCGGGCAUGACGGAGCUCUACUUUCUGAUGGUUCCACCUGCAUCAGGGACGUGCAGAAGUGGUUGGACCUCAGGGACUCUUUGCAUUAUCCUCCAGGGGAUUCUCUUUUCCUGGCUUUGUCCUGCCUCUUCCUUUAUUAAUCCUCACUUGUCUCCUUUCAGCCUCUGCCCUCUCACCCCAAGUGAAUUGCAGAAAUAUCCCUGACUCUCCACUUAGCUCAGAUCAUUCAUUCUCAGAGGCCAAGGGCACAAGGGGCUCUUUGCUGAGGAGUGUGUGUGGCUGUCCUCUCCUGGAUUCAUGUUGUCCCCCUGGGGGUCCACCCUUGGGUGAAAGGGCACCCUGCUCCUUCAGAGUGCAGUGCUCAUGUCCAUGCUCUCUUGUGCAGAUGCCUUCUCAGGAGCUGCAGCAGAACGAGCUCCUCUCCCCAGCACCCCUCCACAAAUGUCAUCCACACCUUUUCAGGAGGCCCUUGCCCUGCUCCUGCUGCUUUGACCUGGUUUUCUGUGUUUCCUUAGGGAGCUCUGUCUUCCUGCCUUGCCUCUGUGUUGCCCUGGGCUGGUUGGAAUGUGCCCAUCAGGCAGGAUUCCUCUCCCCUUCUCAGCUUUGCUGACUGGCCCUCUAUAACCUCUCUCUGGAUCCUAGGAUCAGUGCUCCAGCCGUUCUUAUAUCUGAGGCUCAUUCAUUACACUAGAUGUCCUUCAGGUAGGUAAAGACAUUAUAGCACCCAGUCCUGGGGAUGCUUGCUGGAUCCUCUAGCUGGGGUCAGAGCAGUGAGAGCCAGUGCCCUGCAGAAUCACUGAUAUUGGCAAGAGCAUCUCAGGCCCUCUGGAACAGCCCAGGUCUGAUAGGGAAGGAAGCCCAGCCACCACCCAGCCCAUGCCCCAGCCUCCCGCUUCACCUCUGCCUCUCUGCUGCAGACAAAAGCAUUUACUUUUACAAGGCUAGCCAGGGAGGAGCCAUUGCCAUGAUGACAAACAGGCUUGGUCUAAACAGUGAGUCAUGUGGAGGAAAGUGGUUGGACCCCAACGACACGGGGAGAGGCUGUGGCAGGAGAGUGUCAGGUCCAGAGUGGAGUUUGAAGGCUGUGUCAUCUACAGGUGCCUUGACUCCUCCCAGGCCUGAUUAUAUCUACUCCUCCUUACCCCCGAAGCCCUAGUUUGCCACCCCAGUUAUAUUCAUCAGGGCCCUCAGAUCAAGAGAGCAGCCCCAGUAGACAUAAGAUGAAGGGAAAAGCAGAAAUAGGGUUUUGCCGUUAGCAGAGAGCCAAGGGCAGAGUUGAGGGGCAACCUGGCCAGGGUUGUUGGGGCAGGAGGGGUGAAAUGUACUCCCCUUCAGCCCCCGAUGGGGCACAAGGUCACAGGGGUUUCCUUCCUAGGCCUCCUGGCACAUUCCUGCAAGCAGUCUUCUCCAUGGCAGCCCAGGAAGGACCAAUUCUGAGAUGAGAGCACAGGAGCCCAGACCCUGGCAGCUGCCUGAGACUUAGCACCCUCCUUGCCUGAAGCACCUCCUGUUAGGGCUGCAACUUUGUGGAGGCGAGGGAAGGAUAGUGCAAAGCCUGGGGAGUGGCUGGCAUAGGUGUGAGAGCAAAAGAACAAAGGUUUGUAGGAAUGGAAUUCAGGGUGUCGGGGGGUGGUCAGUGGACAGAGUAGGAGACCUGCCUGGUACCUGGUGUUGCCACAGAACUGACGCUGCUCCUCUACUUCUGCCUGUCUUCCCUCUGUAUUUGCUCCCAACUUGAAGGAUCUUCCCGGCUCCCAUCCUGAGUUUUUCAGAUGAGCCCCCAACCCAGUCCCCCCACUUCUCUACCCUUCUGCAUAGGCCCCAUGCCUGCCUCAGUCCCUCUUUCCCUCCUUUGCUCAGUUACCUCCUGGUCUCCUGUCCCCUUGUCCCACAUCUGGCUUCUGCCUAUCCAGAUUUGGCUGCAGGGUCAGAGUUUCCUGUGUAGAUCCUGACUGGUUUCUUCCUGGGUAAGAUCAAUGGUCUGCCAAAAUCUGUUUUCUCCUGGGCUCCUCCUCCCCCUCCUUCUCACCGUCCCUGGGAAAUGGGUACCACUUGGUCCCAGCUCCUGGUGUUUGCUAUAGAGUUAAUGUUUAGCCCAGGGUCAUUUCCCUCUCUGCUGGUUCUUGCCCUGCCCUACCCAGCCCCUACCACGGAUGUGGGUGAGACAAAGGCGGCUGCGUAUGAGACUCAUCUCCCGGGGCGUUAUCUCACAGGGCAUAUCCUAUCUCUAUGUCACCCUUUACAGCCCAGGCAGCCACUUUGCCUGUGGCAAUACUCGGAUGUUUUCGAGUAGUUACUGUAAGGGUCCAGAGCCUCUUGGAGCUGCCUACUUGCCUACAUACUGGGGGCCGGUGUCACCCCGAGGGAGGCAUUCUGGCCACCUUGGAAAAUGGAUUUGCUGCGUUCGCGUACCACACUGCCCAGGAUUGGGCUGACACGCAGGGCAAAGAGAAGCUAGGGAGAGAGUUGGCAGUGACCAGGCCCUGACAAGCCGUACAUACAGGAUUAGGGAUCUCUGUGUGUACGUGUAAGAUGCAAUGUAAACAGGCAUCCUUUGAGAGGUAGAUAAGGAAUGCAUUCACUUGGUAAAUACUUUCUCAACACCUGAUAACGUAUCCCUUAUCCAAAAUAUUUGGGACCAGACAUGUUUCAGAUUUCUGAUUCUUUUGGAUUUUGCAAUGUUUGCAUAUAUAUAUAUAUGAGAUAUCUUGGGACCCAAGUCUAAACACCGAAUUUACUUCAUUUAUCAAUUAGACAUAUAGCCUGAGGAUACUUUUAUAUAAUAUUUUAAAUAAUUUUAUGCACAAAGCAGAGUGCUGUGUUUUGACCGGGACGUGCUCCAUGACCAGCCUGCCACGUGAGGUCAGGUGUGGAGUCUUCUGCUUGUGGCAUCAUGUUGGGGCUCAAAAGGUUUCACGUUUUUUGAUUAGGGAUGCUCAACCUGUAUUUGAAACACAUCACAGCAAGUACAGUAGAAGUUACGGGCCUGUUGGAGGCACAUAUCCUUCCUGGAGAAGGUGUCCUUCUGAUAGAGUGAGACGUUCUACGCCGUGAAUGGAGAGCCAUGCCUGCGUCCUUGGGGUGUCCAUGCAGAGAGGGUUGGAGGAGUUUGCUAGGCGACGGUUUGGGGGAGGAGUCAGACUCUUCUACUUUCUCCAACGCCGUUUACCCGGGAGAAUCCAUGUUCCUCUGAAUUAGCAUCUUUGGAAUCUACUUUUUUAGAGUCUUUCUCUGUCGCUCAGGCUGGAGUGCAAUGGUGCGAUCUCAGCUCACUGCAACCUCCACCUCCUAGGUUCAAGGGAUUCUUCUGCCUCAGCCUCCUGAGUAGCUGGGAUUACAGACAACUGCUGCCAUGUACGGCUAAUUUUUUAAAUACGUAUUUGUAGUAGAGAUGGGGUUUCACCAUGUUGGCCAGGCUGGUUUCGCACUCCUAACCUAAAGUGAUCCGUCUGCGUCGGCCUCCCAAAGUGCUGGGAUUACAGGCAGGAGCCACCGCGCCUAGUGUGGAAUCUUCAUUUUGAAAUGUGUUCACUGGGCCAUUUUUAUUAACUUACCAAGACUCCUAAGAUGAAGGCACCAUUCCUCAUCCUGUGCAGGCCAAGACCCUCCUGGAAAGAUGGCAUAGAUGGGGGAGGGUGAGGGAAUGGCCCCAUUUGUUUCAAGGGUCUGACUUGCCCUGGGAAUCCACAUCUUCCCAGCCCCACUGCUGUCUCAUCCCUGUCCCUAGCUUCUUGGUCUGGAGACUUUCUUGCCCCAUUGGCCUGACUUUCGUUUUCCUGGAUUUUGCUGCCUUGGGAACCCAAAUUUGUGCUUUUAGAAUUGCUACUUUGCCCUUAAGAUCUAACAAUUUUGGGGGGGCUUGAUUCCCCUCUUGCUAAUGUUGAAGGUUGUACAAGGUCCAUGGAAAGGAGGAAGGUGCCUCAGACAGACCCCAAAGUUGUUGAUCUCAGCUUCUCUGCCAGCAGCAUAUCUGAAACUGGCUCAGCAAAAUCCCUAGGCGGCUGCUGCUGCUAUGGAGAAGCUGGUGGAUGGAUGGGUUGGUGAGGGGUGAGAGUGUCUCCAGGAAGUCCCUGGCUACUUAAGUCUCGAAUUUCGGAUUUCAUCCUAACAGCAGGGCCUGGCACCUCCCUUCACCACCCCAUGGCUCCCUGCGGAGCCCUGGCCAGCAACUUUCCAUUGCAGGAAACAUCUGCUGUGGAGGCCAGGCUCAUCUGGGGGUUACUGGAGGACGUUGGCCAGGACCAGCACCCAGAUCCUGUAACUUGAAGCAUGUGUAGGGCCCUGCCCUGCCCGCCUACCCACCCUGCCUCUCUCCUUCCCUUCCCCUCUGCCACGGGUGACUUUAACAAAGAAGCCGUUUGCUGGUUAGGCGAGCAGAGCAGGGGCUGAGGAAAGGGGUGUGUGUAAGGGUGGGGUGAGAGCAGGCCCUGUUGCUGCAGCCAGUGGUGGCCGCUCUGCCUGGGUGAGGGCUGUGAGUCAUAGCCCAGUGCCCUCCCAGGCUAGAGGUUGAUUAAACGUGCCACUCUAUGGGACAGAUCAGGACUGGGGAGCUGGGCAUUCGGUUCUUUUGCUGGAGUUUCAGACCAACUAUGAGUCACUCUGCUGCAUGAGUGACUGGCAGGGCUAGACCCUGGACCCGGCUGUGGACCAUCCCUGUCCUGCCGAGUUUGCUUGUCCACCCAGGGACCUGCCUUCCAGAGUGCCAGCCAACCCUGGGAACCUGCUGUGCUGUCUGUAUCCUCUGGACUCGUGGGGUGACUGUCUGCACUGACCAGGGGGAAGUGUGUGACCACACCCCCUCUGGGCUACUCUCAGCCUAUGGACCAACCAAGAGGGACAAAGCAGAGCCUGCCAUGGGAGACUGGCCAGCUAGCUUGUGCUGAGAACUGCAUUGACCACUGCCUCUCACUUGUGAAGCUUCACGCCGGGAACGCAGCUCUAGGAGCAGAAAGGACACCUGUAAGGGUCGCACAAGCCCUCUGCCAAGAAACCAGAGGCCACCAUCUGCAGUCAGGCCAGGCGAGACCAGUUGUCUUCAUCAUGUGGGGACAGUCAGGUGUCAGUGCUCAGGGAGCCAGGCGCCGUUGGGAGGGGCAGCCGUGUGGGGCAAUGGAACCACUGACGGAGGAGCCAGAGUUCUGGAGCCGCCUGCUGGAGCAGCAGAGCCAGGCAGUGCAGUGGUACCUGCAGCAGCAGCUCCACCACACACUUGCUGCCACCAAACACUGUUGCUGGCACGGAUCUGAGGAAAUCCCAGCCGUGUUAAGCCCCACCUAUAAGCAGAGAAAUGAAGACUUCAGAAAGCUUUUUAAGCAGCUUCCAGACACGGAGCGCCUCAUUGUUGAUUACUCAUGUGCACUCCAAAGAGACAUUCUCCUUCAGGGCCGACUCUACCUCUCUGAAAAUUGGAUCUGCUUCUACAGCAACAUCUUCCGCUGGGAAACUCUGCUGACAGUCCGUUUGAAAGACAUCUGUUCCAUGACUAAAGAAAAAACAGCUCGCCUCAUUCCCAAUGCCAUCCAAGUUUGCACUGAUUCAGAAAAGCACUUCUUCACAUCGUUUGGGGCCCGGGAUAGGACAUAUAUGAUGAUGUUCCGGCUCUGGCAGAAUGCCCUCCUUGAAAAGCCUCUGUGUCCCAAGGAACUCUGGCACUUUGUUCACCAGUGCUAUGGGAACGAGUUGGGCCUGACCAGUGAUGAUGAGGACUACGUGCCCCCUGAUGAUGACUUCAACACAAUGGGAUACUGUGAAGAGAUCCCUGUGGAAGAGAAUGAAGUGAAUGACAGCUCAUCCAAGAGCAGCAUAGAGACCAAGCCAGAUGCAAGUCCACAGCUGCCCAAGAAAUCCAUCACCAACAGCACACUGACAUCCACAGGGAGCAGUGAGGCCCCUGUCUCGUUUGAUGGGCUGCCCCUGGAGGAGGAGGCACUGGAGGGAGACGGGUCCCUGGAGAAGGAGCUUGCCAUCGACAACAUCAUGGGGGAGAAGAUUGAAAUGAUCGCUCCCGUGAACUCGCCUUCACUGGACUUCAAUGACAAUGAGGACAUCCCCACUGAGCUCAGUGACUCUUCUGACACACACGAUGAAGGGGAGGUCCAGGCCUUCUAUGAGGACCUGAGUGGCCGGCAGUACGUGAAUGAAGUCUUCAACUUCAGCGUGGACAAGCUCUACGACCUCCUCUUCACCAACUCGCCCUUCCAGCGGGACUUCAUGGAGCAGCGGCGCUUCUCUGAUAUCAUCUUCCAUCCAUGGAAAAAGGAGGAGAACGGAAACCAGAGCCGAGUGAUUCUUUACACCAUCACCCUUACCAACCCUCUGGCUCCCAAAACUGCCACUGUCAGGGAGACACAGACCAUGUACAAGGCGAGCCAGGAGAGUGAAUGUUACGUGAUAGAUGCCGAAGUCCUCACCCACGACGUGCCCUACCAUGACUACUUCUACACAAUCAAUCGCUACACCCUCACCCGCGUGGCUCGGAACAAGAGCCGACUCAGGGUCUCCACAGAGCUGCGCUAUCGAAAACAGCCCUGGGGGUUAGUGAAAACCUUCAUCGAGAAGAACUUCUGGAGUGGGCUGGAGGACUACUUCCGCCAUUUAGAGAGUGAGCUGGCCAAAACGGAGAGCACUUAUUUGGCUGAGAUGCACAGACAGUCUCCCAAAGAGAAGGCCAGCAAGACUACGACAGUGCGGAGGAGGAAGCGACCCCAUGCCCACCUGCGAGUCCCUCACCUAGAAGAGGUGAUGAGCCCGGUCACCACGCCCACGGAUGAGGAUGUGGGCCACAGGAUCAAACAUGUGGCAGGUUCCACGCAGACGCGACAUAUCCCUGAGGACACUCCCAAUGGUUUCCACCUGCAGAGCGUGUCCAAGCUGCUGCUGGUUAUCAGCUGUGUUCUGGUGCUGCUGGUCAUCCUUAACAUGAUGCUCUUCUACAAACUCUGGAUGUUGGAAUAUACCACACAGACCCUCACUGCCUGGCAGGGUCUAAGGCUCCAGGAAAGGUUACCCCAGUCUCAGACAGAAUGGGCCCAGCUCUUAGAGUCCCAACAAAAGUACCACGAUACUGAGCUCCAAAAAUGGAGGGAGAUCAUCAAAUCCUCAGUGAUGCUCCUUGACCAGAUGAAGGACUCGCUCAUCAACCUUCAGAACGGCAUCAGGUCCCGUGACUACACGUCGGAAAGUGAAGAAAAGAGGAAUCGCUAUCAUUGACAAGGCAGGAACAGGGUGACUGCAAGAGGCCUGUGCAAUACAUGUACAUAGACCAUAUAAAUAUAUAUAUAUAAAUAUAUAUAUAUACAGAAUAUAAAUAUAUAUAUUAUAUACAGAUUUUAAAACAGAGAUAAUGCCUAUGUACCAGGGAGAAGGAGCGGGACCUCCCGCCCCCUGUGCUGGCCGGAGCAGCGUUUUCCUAUGGUGGAGUGGCUGAGGAGGGCAGGAACCGCCUCUCAGCACUGACCUCCCCUGAUCUCCCUCCUCCCACCCUCUGUUCCCCACCCCUUCCCUUGCUGGCCAUUCUUGGCUCUUAGAAAGGAAAUGUUGUUGAGCCAAAGUUAUGCCCGUGAAGACCUUAGGAUGUCAAAAAGAAGUCUCAAGUGGGCAUUGCUUAAGGUGCUUCAUUCCCUAAUCCCCUUUUGAUUUGUUUCCAAAAUAAAAGAGAAUCUUUUCUUCCCUACCCCAGGCUUCCCCAGGCGUUCUCUUGGGAACACAGAAGCAUCAAGGGAGCCCAAUCUAAACUCACAGGGUUGGCCACCCACUUGAUCUAGACUGUACUGAGCAUCAGGUGGAGAGGAUGCUUGGAAAGCUAGGAAGGCUGCAUUAUGGGGUGGCAGGCUCCCGAGACUCGUGUUCUGAAGGAUACUCUCCUCCGUCACCCCUGCACCUUCCUCCGACCUGUGUAGGGUGUGGACCCAGUAAGGGCUGGGAAUUUCUAACCCCACCCGCUUUCUCUCUGGUCUUCUCCCAGGCUGGAUCUGGGCAAAGUGUCACUUUUUAGUGCCUAAAUUCCUAUUGUUUCUCUGUGCCCUAAGAGCACAUUGUUUAUUAGCCAGGGUGGAGCAUUUUCGACCUUGUUAAACCUCUUUUAGUGCAAGUCAGGUCUAUGGCUCUGCAGCCUUAGCUUGGAGCUGUCAGUGUGAUUUCCAGGAUGAGUCAGGGUGUGCUGGGCCCUCCAGGAUUUGAAAGAGGGAGGGAAAGCCCUCACCACAUCCAGGGUUCAGGGUCUACCCACAGAACACUGUGAGUGGUGAGCACCAGAAUGGGUAGCCAGCAUCAUUUGUUCUUGGAACAAACCAGCAUUAGCCAAUGGAGACAGUUGUCUGAGACAGUUUGCAUGUGGAAAAAGCAUCUAAGCCAUUGGAAGGACUUGGCAAAGGUGCGUGUGUUUGGGCAGGAAAAGGCCAAGUGAAAUCUAUGUCACCAGGGAGCCAUUCCAAAUCCUGAGUUUCUCAGACUUGGGAAUGGGGAUUCUGGCAGGGGAUGGAGUACAAAUCCUGCUCUGGUCUCUGGCCCCAGAGAGGUGUAAGAUCAUUAAAGAGUAGAAGACAUUAGCUCUAAAGAGUGAGACAUUCAGGGCCUUUUCAACACUGGCCCAGCAGCGCCAUGCAUUUAUCUGAAUUUACAGGGCCCUAUGGGCACACUCAUCAUCCCUCAUACACUAAAUACUAUUUCUUCAUAACAUGACCGAAAGAGUCCCACCAGCUCCAGGCAGAGCUUGUGGAGUUGCAUGAAACAGUCACAGCCAGUUUGGCAUGAAGAGCUCUUCAGGCUUGCUUGUUCUUCUCCUGGGCUUCUUAAUGCAGGUGCAGAAGGAGCCCCAGAUGUCCCAGAGGUCCUAGGACAUCAGCCCAAAGGACAAAUGAUUUUAUCACUCAUUUACCCCCAAAGAUAAAGUUGUAUUUUUCUCUUAGAAUGGCCUUUGACUCCCUUUGGCAAUGACAGUUUUUGACUUUUCCAUGUGAGAAUAAGGCCUUGGUAUUUCUCUAAGGGCAGGAUCAGAAUACAGAAAGGUCCAAGCCCAGAUCAUCCUCCAAGGGAGGAGGAUGAGAAGGCUCCAGGUCAUCAGCUAGAGUAGAUAUUCCUCCCCCAGAGGAGGAGAUGGGAGGAAAUGCAGUUUCAUAUAAUCCCUGUGAAGAGUACAUAUGCCCACCAGCCAGUGGAUCCUUGUUCGUUCUUGUCCAGGACCUUGGGCAAGGGACACUGGAAGGGAUCAAGGGUCAUGGGCCCUGAGCCAAAGAAGGAGGCAUGGUACAGAUUGCUGGAAGUCUCCCCCUGGACGCAGCCAGAAGCCAAAACUACUCCCAGGAAAAUUUUGAAUGCAAACAUUGUAAAUUUUUGAAUUUCUUUCAUAUGUAAUUGUUCUGAAGAUAUUUAAUUAUUAAAGGUGCCGUGGUGGGACCUUCAGGAUGACUUAAAAAGAGUUCUCUGCUGGGAGUCGAGUGACAGAGCAGACGUGGCCACAGGGAGUUGUUUUGUGUCUGCUUUACCUCUCAAAACUAUUCUUAGGAGGAGGAGGUGGCAGAGAAGGCGGUACUGAGUAUGUCAGAAGAACCCUCCUGGUUUUUUAGUGAUUUGAACCCAGUAGACAAUGUGUGCAUAUAGGGAAUGGCCUUUAAGAAUCAUGGAUUUCUUGUGGGCUCUCUCUGUUCUAAUAAUUUUUUGACUAUCACACCAGAAGAAAACCAACAACUCUAUUUGUUCCCAAACAAAAUCUCUUUCCCCUUAGUCAAUAACUUGUGAAAGAGAUGUUAACUCAACCUUGCAGAUAAGUGAAACAAAUAAAUAGCAUUGUAUUCCUGGCCAGUAGCCUGGCUGGUUGAUGUCUGCAAGAGCAUCAGAAUCACUACUUCUUAUGUAAUUUCUUCCAGCCAGUGCUUUUUUUUGGUUUUUAUUUACUGGGGACACACAGAAGUCUUUCUGUAAUGAUUUAAGUGGUAAAAUGUUUGAGAAUUUAUACUCAAUUUUGAAGAAUUUGCAGUUUUGAACCAGGUGAAGAACAGCUAUAGGAUGUAAAGUUUCAUUACAUCUUACUGUGAAAGAAUUGACAAGCCUGGUCAUCCACCUCUCUGGAGACAAGAGGAUUACAUCUCAGGCCAGCAAGAUCAGCUGCAUGAAACUCUGUGUAAGAGCACUGCACUGACAGUUGGGAGACCUGGGCCUGGGUUCUGACUCUUCCAUUGAGGAAGCUCUGUGGCUUUGGGCAAGUCAGUCCCCUUCUUUGAGCUUCAGUAUCCUCCUGUCACAGGAAGGAGUUGGGCUAGAUCAUCUUUAAGGUAGGUUCUAGCUUUGACAUCAUCUUGUGGGGUAGGCCAGAGGUUGGGAAGGUUGGGUGGACUUUGUCAGUUGCUCUUCCAGGAGGGAACAAGCCCAGAAGCUGAAGCUUCCCUGUAUUUAGAGGCGUGGUGGGGCAGUAUCUGCGUUAAAGUUUAUUCUUUAAGUGGCUAGGAGGGCUGGGGAGGCCCAGUGGUGCGGAGAGAGAGAGAUCAAGCUUGAUGUAUUGCUCAGUGUUCACCUGGAAGGGUUUCUGCCUUCUUUGGCCUAGCUUGCAAAGGGAUCUUCCUUUGGACUUUCUUGGGAGAACAUUCUUUCCGAUGGAGCCCAUCUUCUGUCUCUAGGCUCUGUGAAGCCUUUCAUCUAUCUAUCCUUCAUCCUUAUUGGUAGAAGAAGCAGUGGAGAGAAGCUAUUUCUGGUUGUAGCACUUCUCUUUUGUCUAGAUGGGGUUUGGAUUCAGUAUGAAGCUUUGGCUAAAACCCUUGGGUUGCCUUAGAGCACUGACACUAGGAAUCUGGAAUGACAUGGGGAGGACCAGGAGAGAUGAAGAGGAAUGCUUUGUGAGAAGUGGAUUCUCUCUGUGUCCCUGCCCCCCACCCAAACUUGAACUAUACCUAUUACAGUUCCAGGAUGAGGUCCUGGAGAAAGGACUAAGGGAAGUAUCUUUCCGGAUGCUUGUCAUCCCAGAAGGGUACUUUCUGUGCCAUACCAUGCCACUUCUUUAAGCUCUGCAGGGCAGCCAAAGCCAGCCCUUCUCUCCUACUGCCCUCAGGAGAAAUAGCACUCUUCUCCCUUCCCCCAGAUGGCAGGGCUCUGGUCUCCCUACACCUCAUACCCUGCCUGCCUUCUCCAGGAGGAAUCUCCAGGGACCCUUCCUGACUCUCCCCAUCCUCACCACUUGUCUCUAGGCUAUGGGACAAUCAUCCCAUUCACUGCUUGACAUCCUUGAUUUUUAUUCCCCCAACCUCCAACAUGUUGGCCUCAAUCCCCUCUACCUGUUUUCUUCCAGAAGAUGCAUUUUGGGUCUGAGAGGAGCAUUUUCUUGGAAGGCCAUCUUUUAAGGUCUCUGCUUGCUUCCAUGGUGCAGAGCAGGGAUUUGCACACGGUUUUGAGAGCUCCCUUCCCACCUCUCUGCCCAGCCUUUUAACCUCACUUCUGCUCUGGUCAUGGCUGUGAAGGGCCCAGCCAGAUCCCUGUUUUGAUGUUCUGUGCGACAGCUCCAGGGUCUUGUGACUCGAGAUCCUCAGCAGACCUCGGGGCCCGGACUGGAGUCUUGGCUGCUGAUGAGCAGCACCUUGCCUGCCAAGAGGAGCUGAUGCUGGACGAUCUCCCCAACUUCUGAAGGCUUAAAGAACAUUGUCAUUUUCAGCCCUCCUUGCUUCUCUCAGUACAAUAAGAUAUUGCAGAAGCAAAAUGGUGGCCUCUGCUCCAGGCAAGGCAGCUGGCUCUGUCUGGGCAUCGGCCUGGGGCUUGGAUGCCAUGUGCUGAGAUUGCAUAGUCAAAGCAGCCAUUUUUGCCAACAAUCGCUUGUGGCUCCCCACAUUUUCCUCCCCUGCUCUCAAGGGCCAGACUACUCUCUGCAUGGACCAGACCAUCUUCCCAAACCCAUGGUGCUUUUUCCCCCAACUCAACCUAGACUCCAAGGUGGGGAGGGAUGGGUCAGAGGCCAUAGUGGCCCCUGGAUAAUCCUGACAUGGGGUGGAGUAGGGUGAGGCAGAGGGUGCAGCCCCAGCAUCUGCACUGGGCCAUCUAUGGGAAAGAACGCAGGUCGACUGCAGUUGAGUUGUCUGCCCGUGUGUAUUUGGAUCUAUAACUGUACUUUGCCUGGCGCUGUGCGCAAGGUUGGAACACUUACUGCUAGUACCUAGAAACACACAAGGCUGCCCAGCCAAAUCUUAAUGUAAAGUAGCUAGAGCCAUGGAAGUACAGUAUGAAUUAAAAAGAAAAAGUAUUGAACUACAAAAA